AUGGUUGUGCCUAAGGCUAAAGUACCGGAUGUUCUACAGCUGUACCAUAGUGGUUGUUCAGGAGGCCACCUGGGAGUUAAACGAACUCUACUGAAGAUCCGAGAACGGUUUUACUGGGUCCACUGUCGUGACGAUGUCGAGGACUGGUGCCGCAAAUGUACAAGUUGUGCGGCUAUAAAGGGACCUCAAACUCGUAGAAGAGGCGCAUUGAAAUUGUACAAUGUUGGUGCACCAUGGGAGAGGAUAGCCAUUGACGUAGCGGGGCCGUUUCCGGAAAGUGAAAGUGGUAACAAGUAUUUCAUGGUUGUGAUGGAUUACUUCACUAAGUGGCCAGAAGCCUUAGCUAUUCCAAAUCAAGAAGCUUCAACAGUUGCAGAUAAACUAGUUCAUGAAGUCUUCUGUCUUUUUGUGGUGUACCUUUAG